GGUGACCACGUGUCCGGCACUGCCGAGUCGACCAUGUGGAGCAGCAAGAUGGCGGCGCAGUGGAGGCCCGUCGACGUGGCUUUAAAAGCCGGCAACGUGGACUUUCUGAGCACCAGAAGCCCUUGCCAGAUUGGACCAUUUGGAGGCAACAUGGGUGGUGCGGAUAUCGACACACAGUCUUGUAUGGAACACUCCAUCAUGGCCAUUUUUGAGGACUCCACUGUGUCAUCAGAGGACACAAGGCAAGCCGAGGAAGAGAGCGAGACCUUGCUGUCGGCCCUGACUCAGAUGUUAGAGUGUGUGGAGGAUGAUGUCGGUUGCACUCUUUCUCCCUUUGAUACCCUGCCAGACACCAAGCUCCUCAACUGUCAGGAAUUCGACAACAGCAUUUCUACUGACAAAAUAACCUUUUCCGCAAAACUUGGACCAAGAGCCAAGACUGAUGACGGAAAGGAAGACAAGAGCAAAGUAGCCAGACUCCAGCCGGCCUUCCGACAACAAAGUCAGACUUUCUUUCAAGGCCCAAAAAAGAAGACCGAUACUGAAGUAAACGUCUUCACUUCGUCAUCUCUGGUCAACCUGGUGAAACUCAUGCACCCGUAUUGCCUUAAGAUGCAUGUGGAGGAGGAGAGGAGGGACCAUCAAAGCAGAGCUGGACCGUCACAAUCAGAGAAGAAACACACAAUGCUCUCCCAGGGAGAAGUCUGGAAGUAUGAAAAGCCAACUGGAGACAGUGAUGAAGAUAUCAAUGUUGUAUCUGAUGAUUAUGAUGAUGAUGAUGAUACAACCUUAAAAGAAAUAGAGGAGAAUAAUGGAGGGAUUGCAAAAGAUGAUAGUGGCAAACUGCUAAAAAGCACAUUGCUCACUGGCAAUUCAUCCAGAGAUCUGUUACCCAAGGCAAAGAAAAGGGUCAGUUUUGGCCCCGUUCAAGUGAUUUCAUUUGAUCAAUCUGUGGAUGCUGAUAUCAGCGAGGAAACUCUCCCCAGCGUAGCCUCUGCAACUGGAGGUCCAGCUGGUCCAAUGCUUGUAACCGCAACAACAGCAUCGGUAUCAUUAGAUGAUAAUGACAAGGCUGAGGAUCCACCGUCAAAAAGAAAGGUCAAAGCUAAAUCGCUAAGCCUCCAAGAGUACAGACUGCUGCGACAGAAAAGGCAGCCUCUGGCGGAGAAAAUGCGGAGUAACACAACCAAGUGGCCUACGGUUCCCCAACCCCCCAAAGAACUGAUCCCCAUUUUCUGUUCACAUGGGCAGAGACAAAACCUCUGUGAGACAAAGUCUUCACCCCAUCACAUAGAAAAGUCUACAAUUGCUAUGUGUCCACCCCAAAGAGCUACUUGCAAGACAGCACGUCGUCAUCGUCCCAAACCAGUCGAGAAGAAGCCAUUGUUUGCUGCUAGGCAUCACGGAUUGAAAUCUCUUCAAAGUAAAUCCAAACACACCUCACUUGAUGGACUCAAGUCCAAAGAUGAGCACACUGUUAAAGAAGCUGCAAGCCAGAAAAGUCCAUUAAAGAACCCAACGACAUUCAGCACUGAUCCCCCAAACCCUGUCAUCAUUCGCUUGCCUGUUAGCCAGAUGCCCACCCUAUCAAAUUGUCACCCUUCAGCUGUGUUCGCAGCAUCACAAAUAGCAGCGGAACCUCAUCCAAGUCGGGAAGUGGAGGACCAAGUCCUGACGACACCUCAAACAAAACCCAGUUCAGAAUGCAGGAAACCACAAAACCUCAUGCUAACACCAGUAACGUGUCCCACAAGACGUUCCCUUCCUGAGCGACCAUCACCAUCAAGUGCUGCAGCUGAGUCAGGGAUUGAAGCCUGUGAUCUUACCAGCUUGUUGGAGCAGUUUGAGGAGAAACAAGCUGAGGAAAGCGAUCCAGCGAACUUUUCAAACGCUUUCCCCUCAGGUCUGCACGAAGACACAGAAAGGACCACUGCACUAAUACAGACCUCCGCUAAGGAACAUGAACCUCUCCGAACUUUGCACUCAGUAAGACCAAAAGCACCAUCGAUUAUCUGGAGGACCCCAAAAAAUUGGAACACGUCACUCCUGAGCCUCUCGGCACUGAAGUCAUUGUCGACACUCAGGGAAUUGUCAGUACUAUGAGACGGAAAGCCCCACCAUCCAAGGGCAUUCAGAUCAUUGAUCCUCGCCCUCUGCCGUCCAGGAAGACAAAUGCUUCAGAGCUCGCCGCACCUCCUUACAUAUGUUCAUCGGUGUCCGCAGAUCACGAUUACUG